AUGAGUGACGUGCAGUUCGCAGUGGGUCGGGAUUAUGGAGCCCAGAAAACGUUUCCUGCCCACAAGGUGAUCAUGGGUGUCCGCAGCGCUGUAUUCCAUACGAUGUUCUAUGGUAGUCUGCCCGAUAACUGCAAAACUCCCAUCGACAUUCCAGAUGUUCCUCCCGACGCCUUCGAGAAUAUGCUUAGCUACAUCUACACCGAUGCCGUGAAGGAUUUCACCCUGGACAACGUUUUCCAUACGCUGAAGUGCGCUGACAAGUAUGACUUGCCAUUGCUGGUAGCUCAGUGCACUGAAUUCGUCAUGGGCAAGCUCAACGUCAACAACUGCCUGGCGAUUAUUGAUAAUGCGAUGCACUAUGCCGGCGCUGCACCGAGCAUCCUGGAACAGUGUUUACGCCUGGUUGACGAAUCAGCGAAAACUGUCUGGGAAGCGAAGCACUUUAGUAAAAUCGGAGAAGAGGCACUGCGCAUCAUCCUGCAACGGGAUACUCUGACAGCAAACGAACACACCAUUUUAUCCUCUGUUAACAUGUGGGCUAUGGUCAUGUGCUUACGAAGGAAGCUCAAAAACACUUCAGCUGCUAAUCGACGUGAAGUGUUGGGCCAGGCGUUGUUUCUCAUCCGAUUUCCGCUUCUGACCCAUGCCCAGCUGUUAGAUGGACCCAUCGCGAACGGUUUGCUGCUGCAAUCCGAAGGAAUGGACAUCUUCCGCUACAAGCACGCUACGAUCAAACCGGAGUUGCCGUUCUCAACGAAGCCCCGACAAAAUAUACGCGCUAAGGCCGUGAUUAACUAUACGGUUCCCGAUGUGAGGAAGCUUAAGGAGAAGGCUAUGUUCAGCGAGCCAGUAACAGUCAGGAAGCUGCUUUGGAGCGUCCAAGUUAACCACAACACUAAAGAGGGUUUUCCGGCACUUAGCCUUUUUCUGGUGUGUGAUGGCUAUCCGGAAUCCGAACCUUGGUCGUGUCAAAUUAAUGCAGAACUUCGCCUGCUGCCAUGGACAACAGGAACUGCAGCUGUUAAUAGACAAAUUUCUCGAUUGUUCGAUAAGGAUACGAACAGCUGGGGUUGGUCAGAAUAUAUCUCUAUGGAGAAUUUACUGAACCCGGCGCGGGGCUACGUUAAUCCGAGUGACUUCUCCUUGAAACUGCAAGUCGAGCUGUCCGCUAAUCUUCCUACUGGAAUUGAGUGA